UCUGGAAGAGAAUGAAAACAACGACAAAGAAGAAAUGAAAGUUUCACAAGAAGAAAUGGACAAACGUGGAGAAUACUUAAUUUACUUCCAGUUCUCUAUAAAUAAAAUGCCAUGAACAGAUUUGAAGUCAUUCAUUUGUGGAAUAUCGUGUUAUGUAUUUUGUGCUCUCUGUCAAGUCUUGAGUCGAUGGUCAACAAUGAAAUCGACACAAAUAUUAUUGGUUUUGGCAUUUUGCUGCGGUUUUGCUUUGGCAAAAACUUGUUCAAAAAAUCAUUCGCAUCGCUCGACAUCGACACAAACAACGCAAACUCCAAAUUCAACCGUUGAAAAUGUUGACGAUUUGAAAAUUCAAUUUUACCACCUGAAUAGCAGCGAAUAUGAUUCUAUUGAAAAACAAAUUUCCCUUCAGCAACAACGUGGUCCCUGCGGUUGUCUUGAUUUAAAUUGUGGCUGCUGUGCUGGCAUGGAAUUCCAAAAAUUCAAAAGAAAAUUUUGUACCAAUUUCACAUAUGACCCAAAUGAAUUUCAAGUGCAGUUAAAUGUGAUGAAUAACGAACAAGUUAUUUAUCAAAAUAUGUUCUCGGCAAAAAAUCCACCGCCAAUGUGUGUCCCAGUUCCAUAUACUCCAGCUCAAAUGUGUAUAAAGCUGUUCAAUAUUUUCACGCCAGGACGGAAUUUGCACAUGUGCAUGGAUAUCGAGGCUAAAGUGCAGGAAAAACCGUAUUUGGUUCUGCAUUUCGACUGUAUGCGAAUGGGUCAAGAUGGGAUCAAAUAUCCAUUGAAACCAGAAGAAAAUGGUGGCGAAGUAGGCACUGGAGGUGGCGGUGGCGGAGGAGGUGGUGGUUUAUUUGGAACCGGCUUAUUUCAAAAUGGAAUAUUUGGUAAUCGUCCGACACGACCUCCUUCUGGUUCAACUGAAGUGCCUCAAAUCGAUACAGACGUUUUCGAUCCAAUUACUGAAAUCAAACUCAAACCCUGAAUAACCAUACACAUCUUUUAUC